UUUAACUGUGAUAAUUUUUUAUCCAAUUUUAUUUAUACGGGCUUAGGUCAAUAGAGCUAUUUUGGGCCGAAUCAGAGAAAUUUUCUCAUCAAUAAAAAUCUCCUUAAGCCCAGAAAGGGGAAACCAUCAUAAAAUAUAAGGCCCAGAAUCUAAGCCUGAAACAAACCCUAAAACCAAGUUUUUAGCUCUUCUUCUCUCCUAGAGAGAGCGGCACUCUCUUCUUCUGUCUUUCGCAUUUGCAUCUGUAAUCUGCUGAUAAGGUCUAAAAUUUUGUUGUUGCGAUGGCGACAUUUGCCAAACCUGAAAAUGCUUUGAAGCGAGCUGAAGAAUUAAUAAAUGUAGGGCAGAAGCAAGAUGCUUUACAAGCGCUGCAUGAUCUGAUUACUUCAAAGAGAUACCGAGCAUGGCAGAAGCCAUAUGAAAAGAUCAUGUUUAGAUAUGUAGAGCUUUGUGUUGAUAUGCGGAGAGGACGAUUUGCAAAGGAUGGUUUGAUUCAAUAUCGUAUAGUAUGUCAACAAGUGAAUGUAAAUUCUUUGGAGGAGGUGAUUAAGCAUUUCAUGCAUCUCUCUACUGAGAAAGCUGAACAAGCUCGUAGUCAGUCCCAAGCAUUGGAAGAAGCUCUUGAUGUUGACGAUCUUGAAGCGGAUAAGAGGCCAGAAGAUUUGAUGCUUAGUUAUGUCAGUGGAGAGAAAGGAAAGGAUAGGUCUGAUCGAGAACUUGUUACCCCUUGGUUCAAGUUCUUGUGGGAAACUUAUAGAACUGUGCUUGAAAUAUUACGAAACAAUUCAAAGUUGGAGGCAUUAUAUGCGAUGACAGCACAUCGAGCUUUCCAAUUCUGUAAGCAGUACAAGCGGACAACAGAGUUUAGGCGGUUGUGUGAGAUCAUCAGGAAUCAUUUAGCAAAUCUCAACAAAUAUAGAGACCAAAGGGAUCGGCCUGAUCUGUCAGCUCCAGAGAGUUUGCAGCUGUACCUUGAUACAAGAUUUGAGCAGUUGAAAAUUGCCACAGAGCUCGAACUCUGGCAGGAAGCUUUUCGGUCCAUCGAAGAUAUUUAUGGACUAAUGUGCAUGGUUAAAAAGUCACCCAAGCCGUCUUUGAUGGUGGUGUACUAUGCCAAGCUAACCGAGAUUUUCUGGAUUUCAUCAAGUCAUCUUUAUCAUGCGUAUGCUUGGUUCAAACUUUUUAUCCUUCAGAAAAGCUUCAAUAAAAAUUUAAGCCAGAAGGAUUUACAGUUGAUAGCCUCAUCUGUUGUGUUGGCUGCACUAGCAGUGCCCCCCUAUAAGCGUACGCAUGGUGCAUCUCAUCUGGAACUUGAAAAUGAAAAGGAACGCGUCUUGAGGAUGGCCAAUCUUAUUGGGUUCAAUCUAGACCCAAAACCUGAGAGUAGAGAAGUGUUGUCAAGGUCAGCCCUCCUUACUGAGCUGGUAUCCAAAGGGGUUUUGAGCUGCGCAACGCAGGAAGUGAAAGAUCUUUACCAUUUUUUGGAGCAUGAAUUUCUUCCACUGGAUCUUGCAGCAAAGAUACAGCCGCUAUUGACCAAAAUUUCUAGAUUUGGUGGGAAACUUGCUUCAGCUUCCUCUGUGCCAGAAGCACAAUUGUCUCAAUAUGUUCCUGCUCUUGAAAAGCUUGCUACCUUAAGGUUGCUCCAACAGGUGUCUCAGGUGUAUCAAACGAUGAAAAUCGAAAGUUUGUCUCAGAUGAUCCCCUUUUUUGAUUUUCCUGUUGUGGAGAAGAUUUCUGUUGAUGCUGUUAAACAUGAUUUCAUAGCGAUGAAAAUUGACCAUGUGAAGAAUGUCAUAUUAUUUGGUAAUUUGGAUCUUGAAUCGGAUGAACUGCGAGAUCAUCUUGCAAAUUUUGCUGUCUCCUUAAAUAAGGCAAGGACCAUGAUAUAUCCUCCAAUAAAGAAAUCAUCAAAAGUAGGUGAUAUUUUACCUGGACUAGGGGAGAUUGUGGAUAAAGAACACAAGAGACUACUUGCUCGGAAAUCAAUUAUUGAAAAGCGGAAGGAAGAACAAGAACGCCAACUUUUGGAAUUGGAACGAGAGGAGGAGUCAAGGAGGCUGCAACAACAGAAGAAAAGAGAAGAGGCAGAGCAGAAAAGGCUUGCUGCUGAGAUUGAGCAGAGGAAGAACCAAAGGAUCCUCCAGGAAAUAGAGCAGCGAGAACUUGAAGAAGCACAGGCUUUGCUCGAGGAUGUUGACAAGCGAAGUAAAAGGAAGGGGGGAAAGAAGCCAAUCCUGGAAGGAGAGAAAGUGACGAAGCAGACUAUAAUGGAAAGGGCUUUGAGUGAGCAACUAAGGGAGAGGCAGGAGAUGGAAAAGAAGCUACAAAAACUGGCUAAGACAAUGGAUUAUUUGGAAAGGGCUAAGAGAGAAGAGGCAGCUCCAUUGAUUGAAGCUGCUUUUCAACGACGGUUGGUGGAAGAGAAGGUCCUUCAUGAAAGCGAGCAGCAGCUAGAGACUGAACUAAGCAGACAGCGUCAUGAUGGGGACCUCAGGGAGAAGAAUAGACUGUCUAGGAUGCUGGACAAUAAGAUAAUUUUCCAGGAAAGAGUGAUGAGUCGUCGACAAGCUGAAUUUGAUCGGCUUAGAGUAGAAAGAGAAGAAAGAAUCAACCAGAUCAUUCAGGCUCGAAAGCAAGAGAGGGAGGCUAAGAGGAAGAAGAUUUUCUAUGUGAGGUCUGAAGAGGAGAGACUGAGAAAGCUGCAUGAAGAGGAGGAAGCUCGCAAACAUGAAGAGGCUGAGAGACGAAGGAAAGAAGAAGCUGAACGCAAGGCAAAGUUGGAUGAAAUUGCUGAGAAGCAGAGGCAGAGAGAGCGAGAGAUAGAAGAGAAGGUAAGGAAAGAAGCUGACUUGAGGAGAGCAACUGAUGGGUCUUCUAGGCCUUCUGAGCUUCCUGCUGUGUCCCGACCAGAGCCAGGAGCAUCUGCUGCGGCUGCAGCAGCUGCUGCUGCACCAGCCCCUGCAAAAUAUGUGCCUAAGUUCCUGCGAGAGAGGGGAACCUCAGGCCAGGCUCCUCCAGAAACUGAUCGGUGGACUGGUGUAAGUGGCAGGCAGGCGCCUUCAGAACCUGAACGGUGGAACAGUGGUGGUUCCAGGCAGGCAGCAGCUGCAGAUGGAGAUCGUUGGGCCGGUGCUGGCGCCAAGCAGCCUCCUAGCUCUGAUCGCUGGGGCAGUAGUACAAGACCUGAUGAUCGUAACCCACCUGGUGAUAGGUGGCGUGGUGGUGGUGGCUCAAAAUCCACUUGGUCGUCCUCUAGGCGAUGAUUAUCUGAGUUAUUAGAUGUGGGAAUUUUGGAUACAUCUGGCACCAACUGCAGAUGGUAUUUGGUGAAUCAAGUUGAAAUAUCUCCAGGAAGCCGAAGGAAUAAUAUUUUUUAAAAAGAAUUUUGAGACCUGCAGCUGAGAAUGGUUUCCUUUUCUUUUUCCUCUGCCAUGAUAAAAAGCUUGAGCAUUUUUCAAUAUAAGUUGUAACUCUAAAGACUUCUUGAAGAGCUGUUUGUUCCUUUUGACUUGAGAGUUAUGUUUUCUUUGGUUACAUUUGGACCAUUGUAAGACGAAUCCUAUGCAGCUUGGAUUUUAAGGUUCUGAGGCAAUGUUUUCCCUGA